CGGCGCCCGUUCGCAUAUUAGGCAGCCCGCCGUGUCCCGCCGCCUCGCGGGCCGAGCAGCCGCAUCAAAACGUCACGCGCGCCGGGCACGCAACGCCUGAUCGACGAAGACGUAUGGUCUUACACUUAGGUCUGGCAUGUCCCGAUUUUGGACAGGGACACGCCCGACUUAACCUUGCACAUGGGCGUGCGGUGCCCCUGGCAGAGCUUGCGCAGGCCCCAGCGCGGCAGGCCGCGGCCACAAGAGCCCGAGGAGGAGGAGGAGGAGGAGAGGAGGAGGAGGAGGAGGAGGAGGAGGAGGAGGAGGAGGAGGAGGCCGAUGCGCCGACGUGUCGCGACCAGAGCGGGCCCUCGGCGGUCCUGCCCGGGACGCCGGCAGAGCCCCGCCCUCCGCCCCGGAUGCUCGGCCGCUGGCCGCCGCGCGGGAGGAGGCCUCAGAGGCCCAGGAUGCCCUUCGCGCGCUCGGGCUCUGACCCCACCUCUCGCAGACCUGGGUCAGCAGCUUCUUCAGCGC